AUGAAGGAUGUGCAGGAACGAAUUCGCCAAGUGGUUUGGCUCUUCGACGAACGUGCCUUGGACAACCGUCAGGGAAUCGACGUCUUCAACGAUGUGGUCUCUGCAUUGCGUCGCUUUUGUAAAAGUGUUGGGGCCGAUAUUCUGGACCCAAAUUAUCGUUACAGCUGGCGUACAUUGGUACUGCUUUCAACAUUCGUGGCGUAUUGGCUGAGCACGGUGUACACCAUUCACUUCAAAUGGGCCUAUGGACUGGUUGCUGCUGACGUUGCCUGCAUGAUAAUAAUCCUUCAAAUUUUCGGAGUUGCCGAUGUUUUCAUUAACCAGCUUAAAUCGUUAGAUGAUGUUCUGGAACAACAUGACGGAAAUGAGGAGUACGUGUAUCACAAAGUUCGUGGUAUAUGUUUGAUGCAUGAGGAAAUAAUACAAUACGAAAUAGAAAUGGAUGAAUCUUACAAAACUGUUGUACUGGUUCAAAUAGUAACUUCAAUUGCUGAAAUCUCUACAUCACUGUUUGUUUUCUAUCUGACAGGGCACAUCAACGCUUUAUUUCUUGCAGUUAGUGCAGUGUGGCAAUUGUUUGAGUAUUGCUUACUGGGUGUCACGUUGACUAUAAAGAAUGAACAGAUUGUGCGAGCCCUAUAUGACAUUAAAUGGUACAGACUAACGACGAAACAACAGAAAAUGCUUGGUAUAGUCUUGCAAAGAGCCCAGAACGCUGUGGAAAUAACGAUUGGUGGAUUAGCUCUGCUGAAUUUAGAAACAUUUGUCGAGGUUAUGAAAAAAAUUUAUUCCUAUUACGCCAUGUUGAUGCAGUUCUUAGACCAAUGA